AUGAAUGGCACUAGUAAUCAAGGAAAGACAGAGCGCCGCAGCUUUGUCUCUAGGAACACAAAUGAGACCAAAAUUCAAAUCGCCCUAUCCAUAAACGGCGGACAUGUCGAGAUCAAAGAUUCCAUCCUACCCAAGAAAGCUGCAGAUAUUGCUUCCCAGGCUACGUCCUCUCAAAUAAUUGACAUCCACACCGGUGUGGGGUUCUUGGAUCAUAUGAUUCAUGCUUUAGCUAAGCACUCGGGGUGGUCUUUGAUUGUUGAGUGUAUUGGCGAUCUACACAUUGAUGAUCAUCACACUACAGAGGACUGUGGUAUCGCGUUAGGUGAGGCUUUCAAAGAGGCUGUGGGCGCUGUUCGUGGGGUGAAGAGAUUUGGGCAUGGUUAUGCGCCUCUUGACGAAGCUCUCUCACGGGCGGUUGUUGAUCUAUCAAAUAGACCAUACGCCGUUGUAGAUCUGGGCCUGAAACGAGAGAAAAUCGGAGAUCUGUCGACGGAGAUGAUUCCACAUUUCUUGGAGAGCUUCGCUGAGGCCGCUAGAAUCACACUCCACGUGGACUGCAUUAGGGGGUUUAAUGACCAUCAUAGAAGCGAGAGCGCAUUCAAAGCCUUGGCCAUUGCGCUGAGAGAGUCCUUAUCAAGCAACGGAACUAAUGACGUUCCUUCAACCAAGGGUGUGUUGAUGUGA